AUGGAGAAGUUGGCUCAAGAUCAUCGAACUACUUCCACCUCAAAGACCUCAAACAUUACAGGUUCCAAAGCCAUUGAAAACAAGAAUCCAUCUCCUGAGGUUCAUCCUCCACCCAAGAGACGCCAAUUGGCCUUGAAGACCAUGAAAGAUUCUUAUACAGAGGUUGUCAUGCCCUUUACAAAGGACAAGAGUUUAUUGGAGGAAUAUAUCAACGUCAACGGCACCGUUAGACAUGGCAAAAUCAUGGAGGAUUUAGAUGCGUUAGCAGCUGCCAUUUCAUAUAAACAUUGUGGAUAUGAACUGGCAGAUAGUUCGGAUUUGACGAUCGUCACCGCCUCUGUAGACCGGAUCGAUUUCCUAAAACCGAUUGCCGCUAAUGAUUUGCGGCUUUCUGGACAUGUUACAUAUGUCGGAUAUAGCUCUAUGGAAGUCCAAAUGAAGAUGGAAGAGAUAUUUCCCGACCAUCCCGAGAAAAAAGCUACCAUUUUGGUGGCACUGUUUACCAUGGUGGCAAGGGAUGCAACCACAGGCAAGGCAGCACAAGUGAAUCCCUUGUCACUUCAAGAUGACAAUGAAAAGAAGCUAUUCCAAAUGGGAGAAGACCAUAAAGCUAGAAAGCGCACAGAAAGUGAAAGGGCACUCACAAAACGUCCUCCGACUGAAGAAGAGCGUUUCUUGAUUCAUGAUCUUUAUUUGGAGUAUUCCAAAUAUGAGAACUCUCAGCUGAAUUGCUCAAAGCCAGAUGAUGUCCAGUGGAUGGGUGAUACAAAGAUGAGUUCCGUUCAAAUCAUGCAGCCGCAAGACCGUAACGUCCAUCACAAGAUUUUCGGUGGAUAUCUGAUCCGUUUAGCUUAUGAACUUGCAUUCUGUAACGCUUCAGUCUUUAUCAGGAACCGACCGAUAUUCUUGGCUCUGGAUGAGAUUGCGUUCCGCAAACCAGUGAGUGUUGGCACCACCUUGGCCCUGGAUUCACAAAUUGCGUAUUCAGGGGGAGGAGAACACCACUCGUUCCAAGUGAUGGUCAAGGCCGAUAUCCUUGAUAUCAAAAACAAUACUCGAGAGACCUGCAAUACUUUUUGGUUCACCUUCAGUGAUCCUCGAAAGGAUCAUCUUACCCCAAAGGUCUUGCCCCGAACUUAUGCAGAAUCUGUGCUUUACCUCGAAGGCAAACGUAGAAGGAUAGAAGGCGCCAAGCUAGCUCAAUUGAACCGCAAGAACUUGGGAAUGUAA